ACUUGGCCAUCGACGUCCCCGGUCAUGGCAAGGUGGUGGUUGACAUCAGCUACGGUGGCACUUUCUAUGCCUUCCUCAGCGCUGAGCAGCUGGGCCUCGAUGUGUGCUCUUCAAAGACUAGAGACCUUGUCAAUGCGGCGAGCGCAGUGACAGAAGCUGUGAAGAAACAGUUCAAGCUUCAUCACCCUGAAAGUGAAGAACUGGCUUUCCUUUACGGCACCAUACUGACAGAUGGGAAAGAUGCCUUUAGUGAGGAGCCCACCACCAACAUCUGUGUGUUUGCAGAUGAACAGGUUGACCGAAGCCCGACAGGUUCGGGUGUGACGGCUCGCAUCGCCCUGCAGUACCACAAGGGACUCAUCCAGCUGAAUCAGACCAGAACCUUCCGGAGCAGCACCACGGGGUCCUUGUUCACCGGGAAGGCAGCGAAGGAAGCCAAGUUUGGGGAGUACAACGCUGUCAUUGUGGAAGUCUCUGGAGAAGCCUUUUACACUGGUACAGCCACCUUCACUGUCGAAGAGGAGGACCCGCUGAAAUACGGCUUCGUCUUCAAGUGA